GGUUAAUGCGCGCGCGCGUGUGUGAGUGAGUGGGUGAGUCGGGGGAGGUGGCCGAGGCUGUCUCUGUGUGUGUAGCUCGUAUGACCAACAGCAUUGGCGGUCCCCCACUCCCCUACCCCUUUUUUUUACCCGAGCGUAGCACACAAGGCACACACCACCACCACCGCCGCAGCUAAAACCACCUCCCCUCGCCUCCAACCCAACCCCCUUUGUGUGCGUGUGUGGAAGAGAGAAGAGGAGGGGAGGAGAGAGGAGCUGAGCAGCGCCUACACUCCCGACUGUACCCGCAGUUUAGCGGAACGGGAGCAAACGCAGCGGAGAGAGAAAGAGAGAGAGGAGGAGGAGACGCAAGCAAAGUCAUCAUCAUCAGUGCCAUUUCGCUCUCUGCUCCUCCAACAGCACAGGCGCAUUCCGCCCGAGACGGAUACGCAGCAGCAGUUGGGACGGGAACGGCCGUGCGGUGAAAGUUGAAGUCAAUUUUGUGUUCUUCGAAGCCCUCCGUUGCAGCAGCAGCAUCAGCAGCAGCAGCAUCAGGAAUGACGCAGCCAGCGAUUGAGGGCAUACGCAUGCCGGACGGGCACUAUGCAGACGGCACGUGGGAACUGCGCAUCCUGGUGACGGACCUGCAGCAGGAGGUGAUGAUGCGCGUCACGGGGGAGCUGCACAUCGGCGGAGUGAUGCUGCGGCUGGUGGAGCGUCUGGAGAUGAAGAAGGACUGGUCGGACCACGCGCUCUGGUGGGAGCGCAAAACCACGUGGCUGCUCAAGACGCACUGGACGCUGGACAAGUACGGCAUACAGGCGGACGCCACGCUGCACUUCACCCCGCAGCACAAGCUCAUGCGCCUGCAGCUCCCGAGCAUGAAGUACGUGCGCGUCAAGGUCAACUUCUCCGACCUCGUCUUCAAGGCCGUCGUGGACAUCUGCAAGACGUUCAACAUCCGCCACCCGGAAGAACUGUCCCUCAUCAGGAAGCCUCAGGAUUCCUCCAAAAAGAAGAAGAAAAAGGGCGGAGAGGAGAACAACCACGAGGAAGUGACGGAGUUGGAGGGUCCCCUCAUCACGCCCACGGCCAGCCCCGACAGCAAGAAAGAUGUUCUUUAUAUCGGUCCGGUGAGAGGCGGACCCUUCUCCAGCCCCGGCUGGUACAGCAAGACCAUGACGCCCACGUACGACGCCCGCGACGGCAGCCCCCUGUCGCCCACCACGGCCUGGUUCGGCGACUCCCCGCUCGCCGAGGGCAACCCCAGCGCGCUGGCCGCCGCGCUGCCCAACACGUCGCCCGAGGUGCUGGCGCGCAUGUACCGGCCGCAGACGCUGCUCGACAAGGCGCGCAUCAAUGGCGGUUGGCUGGACUCGUCGAGGUCUCUCAUGGAGCAAGGCAUCAAGGACAAUGACAUCUUGAUGCUCCGGUUUAAGUACUACAGCUUCUUUGACCUGAACCCAAAGUACGACGCCAUCAGAAUAAACCAGCUGUAUGAGCAGGCCAAGUGGGCCAUCCUCCUGGAGGACAUCGAGUGCACCGAGGAGGAGAUGAUGAUGUUUGCCGCGCUGCAGUAUCACAUCAACAAGCUGUCUCUGAUGACGGAGGGGCACGCGAACCACAGCGAACAGGAGGUGGACGAGGUGGACGCGGCACUGUCGGACUUGGAGAUCGCCCUGGAAGGCGGCCGGAGCUCCUCGGGCCUGCGGGAUAUCAUGAAAAUCCCGGAGCUCUCCGACUAUCUGAAGAUGUUCCGGCCAAAGAAGCUGACCCUGAAGGGCUACAAGCAAUACUGGUUUGUGUUCAAGGAUACGGCCAUCUCUUACUACAGGAAUAAAGACGACCCCAGACCUGUGCAGCAGAUCACCCUCAGAGGAUGUGAAGUCAUUCCGGACGUCAACAUAGCUGCACAGAAGUUUAACAUCAAACUGUUGGUGCCAGUUACCGAGGGCAUGACUGAAGUCUGGCUCCGUUGUGAGAGUGAGAAGCAGUACGCGGAGUGGAUGGCGGCGUGCCGCUUGGCCUCCAAGGGCAAGACCAUGGCGGACAGCUCCUACGCGGGCGAGGUGAACAGCAUCCUCACCUUCCUGAAGAUGCAGAACGUGAGCCUGGAGCCACAGAGCAUCUCUCCGCAGAACGUGCCCGACAUCAACCCCGAGUCGUUCGUGUGUCCUCGCUACAUGAAGAAGUACAAGGCCAAGCAGACGGUUUCUGUGCGAGACUUGCUGACGGCGCGGAUCCUGGAGGCUCACCAGAACGUGUCGCACAUGAGCCUCGUGGAGGCCAAGAUGCGCUUCAUCCAGGCGUGGCAGUCGCUACCCGAGUUUGGCAUCACGCACUUCGUGGUCAGAUUCCGCGGUGCCAAGAAAGAAGAGAUGAUGGGCAUCGCCUACAACCGGCUCAUCCGCAUGGACCUGUCCACGGGUGAUGCCAUCAAGACCUACCGCUUCAGCAACAUGAAGCAGUGGAAUGUGAACUGGGAGGUCCGGCAGGUGGCCGUGGAGUUCGACGACGAGAUGCAGAUCGCGUUCCACUGCUCGGACGCCGACUGCAAGGUCGUUCACGAGUUCAUCGGAGGCUACAUCUUCCUGUCGACGCGCGCCAAGGACCAGAACGAGGCGCUGGACGAGGAGCUCUUUCACAAGCUGACCGGCGGCUGGGCCUGAGGACGGACGGAGGUCCCGGGGGGGGGGGGGGGGGGGCGGGGGGGGGGGUGGCCGCGAGGAGCCCCCCAACCACGGUGUCGGUGGCGGGGUGCAGUGGUGGAGUCGCGCAGAGGCAGAAAUCACUACCUUCACAAAAACGUCUGUACUACCGGGUCAACCUACACGUGGUAGUGCUGUGUAGAUGUCCGAUGGCAUUUUUUUGGGUUGUGCCGUGACGCGCCGCUUGGCGCCUUGUCCGACGUUUCGUCCCCAACGUGCUGUGGGGGAGUGGGGGGGGGGCAUUUUCAGGAACUGAAAUUCAGUGCUGGGAGCUAAAAUGUCGGGCGCCGUGCCGAAACGCUGCGCGGCACAACCCAAAACAGCACAUCGCAGAACAUUUUAUGUUUUUAAUUAAGGCAACAUUUCCAUAGAAGCAUUUCUUAUUUGUAUUCAGGUAAUGUAUGAGCAGUGUUUUUGUUGCUUCACUUUCACAUUUUCUGCAUCAGCAAAAGACGGAUGAAAUUUGGUCAAGGGGAACGUGCAUUUUUCUUUUGUCCUGAGAGGUUAUAUCUAACGACGUUAAUGAAUUUGCUUUACGAAUAGAACAGAUUUCCCGUUCGUUUGCCGCAUGGCUGUAGCAUUACCUUUUGGACUUGUGUUUAAGCGCAAUUAGCGCUGUACAGAUGCCAUGGAAUGUUGCGGAAGCCUGAGGCCGUUUUGACAGGGUGAAGCCCAGUAACGUUACACAACUGUCAUUGGGAAUUCUCGAUGGACUGUCAUCUGUCGUAGAUGCCCGGCAACUUUCUGCACCCAGCAGCUGUUAGCGGUGCAUUGGCAACAAAACGCGCAGUGACCACCGUCACUGGUGAUCUUUGACGGUUGUGUCCAUUGCUUCUCCCUCCGAGCUGUGUUUGGCCGGUUUAUACACACACACACUUCGCGAGCGAUCAGCCCGGCGUCGUUGUUUUUGCGGGAGGCACCCGUCCUUUGUGGAUUUCUUUAACCAGCAAGGUGGAGUGUGCGAGCAACAGUGAGUGCGAGUGUGCCUGCGUCAUCAGCCGGUCUCGCCCUUAGAGUUUGAUUUCACAUCCACGCCGCCGAAGUUCAUCUUUCUGUGCCUCGGCUCUGCACACUACUAAUUGCCUCGGAUGGUCAAAUCUCUUCAAUACUGCUGUGCACUUACCAUUUGCGGAUGAGUCUUGUGUCCUUGCCCCUGUCUGUGUGUGUGUGUGUGCGCACGCGCGUGCGGUCUUUAUAAGCAGGAGGCCCGCCAUAGAAUGUUGAUCGACAAUCACGUUAUGCAGCCUCUGGUGCUAAUGUUAUGGUAUGCAAUGUACAGUAUAUAGUGAGUAUAAAUGAACUGACAAGUGGCGUGUAGUUUUCGCUUAGUGUUAUGCAACGAUGUGAAGCGGCGUCAAUCGGUGAACACAACAAAGACCCUCGACGCAGCAUUUGUGAAAUCUGUCGCUGUCGUCGGUGAGAGACGCAUUGUGGAGAACUGCAGGAUUAAUUUUGUUUCUUGGUUAUUUUCUUGGUUUACACGAUUCAUGUUUUAAUCGAUACAAAACAAUUACGAACUAAAUGCUCCUGGUACAUAACAUCACUUUGCAGCAGUCUGUCGUGCUUCUGUAGCAAGGGGGUUUGCUCUGACGCGCUUUGGUCGAGGUGUGGUCCCAGCGUGUGUGUCAGAGUCCAUUAAUCGUGAACCACUGGUCCACAAAAUUGCAUUUAAAUGUAUCCACACGAGUCAAUGUGCCCUUUCGUGUUAAUGGAAUACUUUGUUAUUUUGCCACAUGCCUGUUGGGGUGGGUGGAUUUAAAGAUGUCUAAUGGCUAAAACGGUGGCUAUGAAUUUAACCCCGACUCGGUCCUGGUGAGUAUCGGAAAUGUUUAUUUUUUUAAUGUUUGUUGCGUGCAGGUCAAAACAUACCCUAUACUUAUUAUGGCUGCAUAUUUCGGAAUGUUAACAUCAGUAAUUCUGUAUAUCGAAAUAUUUUUAACUAUUGAUAUAAUUUUUUCCUUGAUUGUUUUUUUUGCUGUUAAAUUCCGUUUAAAGGUUUUUCCUUACAUAGAUUAUUUUUUAAUCACGUGUUACAUUUUGUGAACAAUGGAUUGUGGGAUGGGCUAAAAGGAGUGGACAAAAACUGUCAACCUAAUUUAACGCAAUUACCAACUUUACAUAAGUGCAUGGAACUUUGUAUGCGAGUUAAAAGUUAAUUAUUAUUUUUAAUUAGCGUGAAAAAAACUCAUACAAAUUCAGAGGCUGGAGUUUUUCUGUUAAUACAAGCAGACACAAAUAUCAAUUUACAAGGCUUUUUAAAAAAAAUAUGAUAGUUAUAUAGCAAGUACUGUAUUUUUUGUUCGAUGAACUAUAGCAAUGGACAACUGUUACAUUGAAUACACGUGUGGCAUUUCUAACCGCCUGAGUAGCUGCGCAAUGAUAUUAAACCUCCGAGCAGCUAAGUCUGCUUGAAGUUAUUGUUCAGUGUUUUCAAUGGCGCCAUACCCCAAGAGUUGUGUACAAUGCGAGUGGUGGGCUUCCUCGCUCGUGGUGGGGGUGGCGUUCGGGGUGCCCCCCGCCCCGUGCCCUUGGAUGUGGACGAUUUCUCUGGGUGCAAUUGUUCAGCUCUGUAAAAUGUUGAUUUUACGUUCUGCGUUCACGUUCACACCUCCACAGAAGAGCAAGCAAUGUGUUAUUUAUGGAGUUAACGCCGAUAUAAGGGACUUUGAAAGAUUGCCUGAGGAAAUUAAAUACAACAUUUGAUUAUCACAAUGCUUUUGGUGCUUGGCAGGUAAUGCAGCACAGUUCGAAAGUUUUACUGAAAUAAAUUUGAUUUAGAAGUUACAUAAGUAUCAGAUUAAUCAGAUACGAUUAGUUUAUGUUCGAUUUGUAAUACAUUUUAUGCAGUGGGGGUCGUGUGAUUUCUGCUAUUCCACUGGAGGCUGCUAUAUUCGCCAAAAAAAACAAUCCGGUCGUGACUCAAAUGGCAAUCCCGAAUGGUAACCAAUUGAUCUCGUCGUGAUGAGAGCGAAAGUUACGUUUUUAAAGCUUUCAUUUGGCAGGUUUUUUUCUUCUUCACGGCUAUAGCUUAUGAAGUUAUUUGCAAAAUGGAAGUUGUUUCCUUUUCUUCACAUGUGUUCUUAAGGCAACGGUUCCCCCCUGGUUUUACUUUGUCACUUCACUUGGCCAUGAACUCGGUGAAUAAGGUGCCUGGCGGGGGCGGGAGUGGAGAGUAAUUUUCAGUGGAAACGCGUUACGUGACUUGUGGGAAUAAUAGUGGGAGGGCCAGAAGUGGGUUUGUGAGAAAGAAAAACGAAGGACUGAGUCAGAUGAUCCCGGUGGCCUCCUCCAUUGUACCUUUGUUAUGCUUCUCCGCUGUCGUUCUCCGUCGGGCAUGCAUCGUCUCUGCCCGCCGGGUUUUUAGGCUUUGCGGUAUCUCUCACCCGUCUCGGCGGCGGUGGAUUUAAAGCCACCCCAUUGUUGAUCUACCGGGAACGAAAAAGCAUUUUUAAUUUCUCACCCGCAUCCAAAUUGUGCCCCGUCCCUCGGCAGAGACUUCAAACCGCCAGUGGAUUCUGUCCCACAAACAAAAUUGUGCUCUGAGAGAGAGCGCUUGAGUUUAGUCGAAAAUUCCACGGAAGAGGUUUUUUUUUUACAUAUGCGAUUGUUCUGCUCCAUGGCCGCACAGUCGGAUUAUAUAUUAGUCCAAAUUUACAACAAGCAGUCAGUCACCAGGCGUCUUUUGAUGUUUGUCUUGGCCUGCUUUUGAGGUCCCUUAUAUUGUUGUUAAUUCUGCUCUCAAGGCGCCUUUCGCAAGGCCCUCGUACUGCAGCAGCAUUGCCACGUGUGGUCUUUGUAUAUUUUUAUUGUAUGAUAUAAUUACAUUAACGGUUUUACUGUACUGCACUGCCAAUAAAACACUACUUUACACUA